CACAAAGGCACAAAGCACUCCGGCCGGAUCCACAAUACUUGCUCCUUCUCUCCUUCGUCUCCCGCGACUAGCAGUCCCCGGCGGCGACAUCGCCAAAGAAUUCGGCCUGUUCAACACUCUCUCAGCAGAGAGCUUUGCAAACUGGAGGUGGACAGCUGCUGUUCCGUGUUCCGGAUCCUCUUCUUUGACUUGCGGUCUUGAUUGAAGACUGGAGGUGGAGAGAACUGGAUCUUUUCUUCAGUAGUUCACCUUGGGUAGCUGUUGCAAAGGACUCUGCAAAUUGGAUUUGAAGGAGCUGUUAUUCAAGAAUUUCACGCCAAGGACAAUGCUAUAGCCGUCUGUAGAUCCAGAGCAAAGACAAAAAAAAGGUCGAGAUAUGGAGGUCGCUGCUGGGGCGAUGGGCCCCGUCAUCCGUAAGCUCGGCGAGCUGCUCGUCGGAGAAUACAACCUAGAGAAGCGAGUAAAGAAAGGCGUACAAUCGCUCCUAAACGAGCUGGAGAUGAUGCACGCUGUACUUCGCAAGGUUGGCGAGGUGCCGUCGGAACAGCUCGAUGAGCCGGUCCGGAUUUGGGCUGGCAAGGUGAGAGACCUGUCUUGCGACAUGGAAGACGCUGUUGACGACUUCAUGGUGCGUGUGCAUGAGGGUUCAAGCAGCAAGCCUACGAACAUGAGGAAUCGAGUCAAGAAGUUUCUCAAGAAGACCACCAAACUGUUUGGCAAGGGCAAAGCACUUCAUCAAAUCAGUGAUGCCAUCAAAGAAGCUCAGGAUCUUGCCAAGGAGUUGGCGGACCUGCGUAGAAGGUACGAGCUUGACACUCGUAGCACUAGCAAUGGUGCUACCAUUGACCCUCGUGUGUUAGCUCUGCACAAAGAUGUAGGGGAGCUUGUUGGCGUUGACCGCACAAGGGAUGAGCUUAUCAAAACACUGAUUUGUGAGGAUGGGAGUUCUAAGGAGCAAUUGAAGACGAUCUCUAUUGUUGGUGUUGGUGGGCUGGGCAAGACUACACUCACCAAAGCAAUUUAUGAGAAGAUCAAAGCACAGUUUGAAUGUGCGGCUUUUGUCCCUGUAGGGCAGAACCCUGAUAUCAAGAAAGUUUUCAAGGACUUACUCUAUGACCUGAACAAAGAAAAGUUCAAUGACAUUCAUAAUACAUCAAAGGAUGAAAAUCUCCUCAUCAAGGAAAUCAGAGAAUUCCUUGUGGAUAAGAGGUACCUUAUUGUAAUUGAUGAUAUAUGGGAAGAAGAAAUAUGGAGAUAUAUAAAUUGUGCUUUGUAUAAAAACAAACUCCAUAGUAGGGUAAUCACAACAACCCGCAAUGUGAGUGUGUCUGAAGCAUGUCUCUCUUCCAGUGAUGACAUGAUUCACAAAAUGAAACCUCUUUCUGAUGAAGACUCACAAAUACUCUUCCAUAGAAGAAUAUUUCAAAGCGAGGAGAAAUGUCCAGAAGAUUUGCAAGCAGUAUCAAGAGAGAUAUUGAAGAAAUGUGGUGGUGUACCAUUAGCCAUCAUUACAAUAGCUAGCCUUCUAGUCAGUAACCAAAGGAUAAAGCAGAAAGAAGAAUGGAUGCAUGUGCACAGUUCGAUGGGCCGUGGAGUUACAGAAGGUGGUAUUGUGAAGGACAUGAAGAGGAUAUUAUCACUCAGCUAUUAUGAUUUGCCAUCCCAUCUGAAGCCAUGUUUAUUAUAUCUAAGCAUCUUUCCUGAAGACUUUGAGAUUAAGAGAGAUUUGUUGAUAUGGAGGUGGCUUGCUGAAGGGUUUAUCCAAUGUGACAAAGAAGAAACCAGGCUGUUUGAGAUAGGAAAGAGCUACUUCAACGAGCUUAUGAACAGGAGCUUGAUCCAGCCAGCACAAAUCAAUUUGGAAGGAACGGUAGUAACUUGUCGUAUACAUGAUGUGGUGCUUGAUCUUAUAUGCUCACUGUCAAGUGAGGAGAAUUUUAUCUCCAUAUUGGAUAAUGCUGAGUGGCAUGCACCUAAUCUGCAAAGGAAAUUUCGCAGGCUAUUACUUCAUAAUAUCAAGGCAAAGGUUCAGAACCAUCAGUUUGAUAGCUCUAGGCUGUCAAAAGUGAGGACCUUUGCUGUUUUCUCUCCUAUUACCUAUGAUUGGUUGCCAUCUCUCUCAAGCUUCCAAUUUUUACGUGUGCUAGAUCUUGGAAAUUGUGGCAGCCAUAAAAGUAGCUCUGGUAUCAGCCUCAAGUAUGUAGGGAAUUUAAUUCACCUAAGGUACCUAGGGCUCAAGGAUGCAGAUGUUUGCGAACUCCCAAUGGACAUAGGCAAGUUGCAGCUUUUAGAAACACUGGAUAUAAGAGACACGGACAUAGGCAAGUUGCAGCUUUUACAGACAUGGGAUAUAAGAGACACUAGUAUAAAAUAAUUACCUGCAAGUGUUGUUCAGCUCACAAAUUUGAUAUGCCUAUAUGUUGAUCCUUGGGUGAGGCUGCCAAAAGGAAUGGGGAACUUGACAUCCCUCGAAGUGCUGGACAGAGCACGAGUAUCCUCGUCACCUCACAUUGUGAAAGAGCUGAGUCAUCUGACAGAGGUUAGGACGCUCAAAAUUGACUGUUAUAACAUGGACGAGGAUCUGAUUGAUAUAUUAAUCAAGUCUCUAGGCAACCUGCACAAAUUGCAAAAUUUGCGUAUUGAUGAUGGCGGCAGAUUGAUGGAUCGCAUGUGUGAAAGCUAGGUGCCCCCUCCAAACCUCCGUUGUUUUGAUUCAUGGAACCCCUUUCUUCCCGCGUGGUUCUCGCGACUUCCAAAGUGGGUUAAUUCAAGUUCGCUUCCACACCUCUCCCGCCUGGAAAUAGAAGUGGAAGAACUGCAAGGGGAUGGCAUUCAGAUCAUUGGGAUGCUUCCUGCUCUUGGGUUUCUGCGGCUGCGUGCAGUUCGCACCAUUCAUGAGAUUUUGCUUAUUCGAUGGGUUUCCAACGCCACCUUGCCUUUUUCCACCUGGAGCUAUGCCAAGGGUUCAACACCUUGACUUCGAGGUCUCUGCGCCGUCGAUCGCAAGUGGUGAGGUUGACUGCGGCCUGGGGCACCUCCCUUCUCUUGAGCGUGUUCAGGUUUGUCUGGAGCGUGAGAAUUCCAGCCAUGAUGAGAUGGAGACAUCCAAGGCUUGGCUGACGCGCGCAGCAGAAGCCCAUCCAAAACGUCCCACCAUUCAAAUCUAUUUGACAUGAGUGCUGACAUGCCUCUGCCGCGCCGGCCUUCAAUGUAAACCCAUCAGUUGCCGCAGAUACUGUUCCAACAUUUUGAAACAGCAGCUACAAUGCAGCUCCCAAUAAGCAAUGCGAAUUCCGUCUUUUGCUACACGGAGGCUUCUGCAGAAAUGCAGCACCUCAUUUCCUUUAUUCAGCCAAGACUCGUACAAUUAAAGGUUGCAUUCAGUUGGCACUGUUUGUAUUUGUAACACUAGUACCCCUUACGUUUUAAUCUCCUCAUUCAUUUGCUUGUCCACCUACGACAUUGUUUUGUUUCUAUUGACUUAUUAAUGAAGAGUUGAUCGGACUCCA